AGCUACAUUGUUAUCCUGGUCCAGCACAUCGCACCAGCUCAGCUCGGCGCACACAAAAAAAAAAAUAAAAUAAAAACAGCAAGCAAGAAAAAAGUGCAAAAUAAUACAACGAAAAAAAUUAGAUAAUAAUAAGUGGAGAGAAUCGUGACGCAGUUAAAAGCUAAAACCCAACCCAAUUCAGCGACUACAACUAAUUCCGUGUACACUCCGUUUUUAUUGCCAGUGAGCAAUAAAAAGCCGCCAGCAGCACCUGUGACCCAAGCAGCAGCAGCAGCGCAACAUCACACCACAGCAACCACAACAGCAAACAACAACAACACCAACAACUAUAGGCAGAAUGACAAGCAGCAGGAAUCAGAGUUUGACUCAGAGCACAGAGACGCAGGCAAGACACAGGUUGCAGUUGCAAUUGCCGCAGACACUGCAGUUGCCGCUGCCAAUGCUGUUGCUGCUGCUGAUGGUGCUGCUCCUGGUGGCGACGCCGCUGCAGCCUUGCGAGAGUCGAUACCUGCCCACAAGGUCGCAUGGCGAUGAAUUGGAUAAGUUGCGUGAGCUCAUGCUGCAGAUUUUGGAGUUGAGCAAUGAGGAUCCACAAAACCAACAACAGCAGCAGCAGCAACAGCAGCAACCGCUUCAGCAACACCAAAUGCGUCUGCACAACGAGGCCAACAAUCCGUUGAACGGUCAGCAGCGUGCCUCGAAUGCCGCCUGGCUCCAGAAAUUGGGGGGCAAUGGGCGCUCUAGAUACCGAGGGUGCCUACGGACGCUACUAAAGACCCCCAACAACGGAACCAAACGAAACGGAACCCAAACCCAAACUACGUGACGACCCCCCAAGACCCCUCAAGAAAGCCAAAGACAGGAAUGCUGCAAAACCAUUUCGAUAUGCAGUCACAUUCAUUCAUAAACUCGGGUUGCUUACUAAUCCGAACUUUUCAAGAUGCUAACAACUUUAAAGUAUUCCUCAAUUUUAAUGGAUUUGCUUGCAUUUCUUCAAGAACGAUAUAGAACUCAACGGUUUUUAAUGCGCUUUGCAACACUGAACUUAAAGGACUUAACGGUUCCUAUAUUAGAACAAUAAUUUUUAACUUUUACGAUUAUAUUCGAACAAAAAGUAGAAAAAAAACGAACAAAAAAAUCAAAAAGAAAAUGCGAAAAAUUGAAUCAAAUUAUGAUAUAUGUAUGUACCUCCCAGUUUAUUCCUAUUAACGAUGUAAGAUAAUCGAAAUUUUUUUUUCUUUUUUUUUUUGAAACCCUGUACCCAAAUUUAACGUGAGUAAUAUAAGUAUGUGGACAGUAAACAAAUGAAAAGCUAAGUAAAUAUUUAUGUAUAUUGUAAACGAAAAGGGAGAUCUAGGAAUACAAUCGAAAUUGAACUUGGACUUGGACUGUAAGGACUUGGGUACAGGGUUACACAGGGUCGCGUAGACUCAGUCGCAAUGUUCUGACUUCCCUUGUGUUGUUGUCAUCUUUUUUGUUGCACUUUGUUGUACUAUAUGAAGUAUAUAAAUGUGGUAGUCUUUCGUGUUAUGGUCUUUGUGUAUUGUGGCUGCCGUGCUUCUUGUGUUGCCAUGGUUUAAAACAAAAAGUCAAUUGUAAAUAUGUAAACCCCGUCCCUGAAAGCAUAAAACUGGAGUUUUAAUGGGCCCCAAGGCUGGGCAAAUAAAUAUAAAUUACGAGUAUAUUACUUACUCACCAACUACCACAAAUUAAAAUGCCGACCGACGGCGGCGCUUCUGCUGCUGCUUCUUCUUCUUCUUCUUCUUCCGCUACAAGUACAACUACAACUACAAUCUACAACCACAACAACAGCAACAACAACAUGAGGCUGGAGGGAAGAAGCAGUGGAACAAUAUAAUUUGGUUUUGGCCUCCACGCAGCGCAAGUUUUGUCUGUUUUUCAUUUAGCUAUAUACGAUAUAUACACACAAAUAUAUAUACACAUAUACCUAUAGAUAUAUAUAGAGAGAUAUAUACAUUUUUGGGAUAACGAUGCAGCCCCGUUUAUAUUCGCGAUACAACUACAAAAUGUACAUUUAAUUGUUGUUAACUUACGUUAUCUUUAUCGUUAUUACUUCUGAUCAAAAACAAUAAAAAAUCAUUUUCAAUGCAAUGCCAACAAUUGUAUAUACUA